UAAUGUGACUGUUGGCAUCGGGUUUGUAAAGCAACACUGUGAAAUGGUGAAACUGUAUAGCUGUUGCAAACUACUUUUGUGUGUUCCUUAAAUUAAUUGUGCUCCGGUUACUGCGGAAUGGUUUCUAUGGUGAUCAGCAACAAAUUCAGUCGUCGGUUUGCUGAGAGCCAUCGGAGAAAAAAACACUUGGAUUACCUGUAAUAACCAAUAAAUUUAGCUGUCUUUCCUUCAUAUUACGUUGGGAGGUAACGUUCAUAGUAUGUCAUUCACAGUGUCUGCAUGUAUUGGCAGUAGUUCUAACAUAAAUGUACAACGCUAAACACUGUAAAUAGAUAGCUAGCUUGGUCGGGCAGCAGUCACAAAAUAAGCAAGUUAGCUGGUUGGAAAUUCUGUUGCAGUUCUCUAAUCCACUCUUCAGCUGGUUUGUAACUAGUCAAAUUAUAAGGCUUACUAAUCGGGAUGUCUGACUUUGACGAAGACCCAGUAUUAUCGGAUGUGGAAGGAGAAGAAGAACACCUUAAAGAAGCCGAAGAUGAGAAGGUAGAAGUUCAACAUUUAACCCAAGAAAUCAUAAGUCAAGGGCUGUCAUUGCUUUGCCGAACAGGAAAUGGAUUAGCACACGCAUUUGUCAAGCUGAACCUUCAGAAAAGAGGACUGGAUGAUAUAGCUGCAAUCAACAGUUAUAUUCACAUACGUUUUCUGGAUUUAUCCAACAACCACCUUACUGAUCUUUCUCCUUUGUCAUCUCUGACCCAGCUUCUUUGGCUCAAGGUCGACAAUAAUUCUGUGAUGUGCUUCAAAGAGCAACCGUUUGCUCAACUGACCUACCUGCAGUGGCUGAGUAUAGCAAUGAAUCAGCUAACUGAUGUAGAUAGCCUAGAUGGGCCUGCCUUGGAAAGCCUCAAUCUUACAGGUAACCAUAUUCAGAGGCUUAAUGGUUUCCAGUAUGGCAGUUUUGCAAAUCUGGUAACUCUAGAGUUGAGGGGAAAUCACUUGGAAACCACUAAUGGCAUCAACCUUCCACAUCUCCAGCAAUUGUAUCUGGCCCAAAAUGCUAUCAAACGUCUUGAGGGUUUGGAGAAGUUAGAGCGCCUCACCACACUUCAUCUUCGAGACAAUCAGCUAGAGUCGCUCGACGGCCUCAGUCCCAGCAUGAAGUGUCUUCAGUACCUCAAUGCCAGAGGCAAUGCAAUCAUAGACGAGAAUGCUCUACGAUACAUUGGCUUUCUGUCACAAAGCCUUCGUGUGUUGGUUCUCUCUGGGAACCCAGUCGCGGAAAAUUCCGAAUACCGGAUAAAUGUGCUGAUAGUAGUGCCACAGCUGGAAAGACUCGACAAAAAUCCUGUCUUCCCUGAGGAGAGAGCUGAAGCCUGGGAAAGAAUCAGGGAACUUCAAGAAGAGGAAAUGUAUGCGCAAUAAGAUGUGUAAUUAUGGCCAGAAUGGGGAAGUGUUGGACUGACUUCAUUUUUUUGAAAUGGCAGACCUGUUGUCUGUUGAUGAAUGACCAAAUACACCUCUGUAUGAAGUACUCUAUGUUUUGAUACAGUAUCUUGUAGGAUUAAUCAUCCAUGACUUUGCACAAAAAAUGUUUUUCAUUUCCGUACAC